AUGCUGGAUGCCUGUAGUACACGAAGAGAAGAGGAGAAGAGAAGAAAAGCCCUGUAUGUUAUGAGCAGCCGCAGCAGUAGUGGUGAUGACGAUAAUGAUAGACGUUGGGAUGUGGAGGAAUCCCGCCGACCUCGACGGGCCAAUCGCGGCAAUUUACUGCAGGAACUUCUCGAAAAAGGUCUAAACUCCGAUGAGGAACACUUAUUAAAUGAUCUCAGCGAUGCCACCACCGACAGUACCUUCAGUGCCAGUGGUGAAGAGGCGAUGGAUGAAAUCGACAGCGACUUCUCCGAUGAAGAAGUAGAAGGAGUCUUGGACGGUGAAGAAGUGGAAACAGAGGCAAUGCUCCAACAACGCGAACGACAGGAGCGGAAAAAAGAACGUCAACAGGCAUUACGCCGCAUGGGAGGCACACAACGCGGAGGAACGGCAAAUACCGCCAAACCCCCCACUUUGCGAUUACGACCGCCGCCCACUAUUCCACUGGAGGAACGACUGCGGGCGGCACACAAACGGGCCCGUGAAGUUCGGGCCGCCGCCGCCUCCGCAGUGACGGGAGAACGAGAAGAAAUGAACUUAACAACCGGUGGCGGGGCCGCACAAUAUAAUGUGGGAGCCACCAUGACGAGACGAAGACGACCACACCGUACACGAGGGGGAACAGGAAUAACAACAAUAACAACAACAACAACAACAGGAAUGAAUGGAGAAGAAGAUGGGGGGGAAGUGAAGCAGCGUGUGAUGUACACAAGCAGCAGGAGUGUACUGGAGCAGUUUGGGGUACCAGUCGUGAUAUCUUUCUCCAAGUGUUUACCACGGUUAUUUCAAACGAAAUGA